UCUCCCAGAUGGCUUCUUCUCUUUCUCGCCUUCCAAACAUCUUCUUAAAACUCUGUUAGUUCUCUUACCAAUUCCCACCCUCGAAUUAUGGCUUCUUUACAGCCUUAUUGGUUCUCUUCAUUGAACCUCAUCUCCCACACAAAACCCUCUCUUCUCUUUUCCUCCUUCAAGCCCAUAAAACUUCUGUGUGCUCUUAACCCUGAAAAUGCUGAAUCUUCCGAAACCACCCCCGAAUCUCAGCCCGGACCUGUUGACUCUGUGAAGCUCGCGUUCAGCAAAGCCAAGGCGCACAGAGAAUCCCUGAAAUUGAACUCCGAUUCGAAGGUUGAUCAAAACGUUGCCGCGAGUUUGGCUGAAAAAUCAAAUGGGAAUGACGGGCUAGGUUCGGGUCAGGAUGUUGUUGAUGGUGGGCAGAAGGACUUGCCAAUGUCUGUGAAGAUCGCGAUGGAGAAGGCCAAGAAGUAUAAGGAGAAUAAAGGGGUUACGUUCACUGAAAUGGGUCAAGGAUUGCAGGGAGGGAAUGAAGGAUCUUCAAGAAGUGAUAUUGUGGAUAAUACUACUGGUAAGAAGGGGCAACUGUCAGUUUCGAAAAUGGAUUUCAUGGGACUUGAAUUUGCUGAUAAGAAACAGACCAGGGGACUGCCACCUGGAUUGGUUCCAAUUUCUGACCCUUUCUCAAGCAGUGAUUUGCCUGAGGUGGAGCUGAUUGUUGGGGACACCAGAAAGUUUGAUGCUGCAACAACAGCUCCCAAGCCAGAGCAAACUGAGGAGGACGAAUCAGAUCUUUACAAGCCAAAAGUUUCUACUUGGGGUGUCUUUCCUAGACCCAGCAAUAUUUCGAAAACAUAUGGUGGUGGAAGAGUGAUACGUCCUGGAGACGCUCUAGAGACUGAAGAAGAAAAAUAUGCUAAAGAAGCACGAACAAGACAAUUACUUGCGGCGUACAAGAAGAAAACUGGAUUAAAUAUUGAUCCAAAGCUAAAAUAUGAGUGUGAGGAGACAUUGAAGGAAGGUGACUUAUUAAUGAACGCAGGAAAGCUGAAAGAAGCAUUGCCUUUCUAUGAAAAGGUCAUGGAGAAAUUAACUUUUAAGAGUGAGUUGCAUGGAUUAGCUGCUUUGCAGUGGUCAAUUUGUCAAGACUCCCUCAGCAGGUCCAAUGAAGCUCGACUUAUGUAUGAGAAACUUCAAUCUCACCCGAGUCCUAAAGUAAGCAAGAAAGCAAGACAGUUCGUUUUCAGCUUUCAGGCUAUGGAAAUGAUGAAGGUGACAACAGUAUCUCCAUUUUCAUGGAACACAGGCUACCAGAAUUAUUUUGAUGCUUUUGUAGAAAACAAGUCUAACUACACUUCACAAGAAGACCUCAAUGUGCAAGAAAGGGCACUAAAUCAAGUUCUCCCCUAUCUUCUAUUUCUUAUCUCUCCUAUCUUCAUUGUAAUAAUCAUUGCCUUGCAGAAGAGAAUAUAGAGCAAUUCUUUUUGUAUAUAAAUAUAGACGCCUUCGCGGUUGUGUAUACAUUUCACACGUACACCAUAUCUUGUGUCAUAGUUGUGAGGAUUCAGAUAAAGGGAAAUCGGUGUAUCAUGCAUAUGCAUCAGUGUCAUAUAUAUAUACACUUGAUAAAUACUGUUAGUUCACUGCUAUGGACAUGCUACAAAUACUGUUA